AUGUCACAUCAUUUGCCCACUUCCCCAAAAAUACAACCUCAAUUCACCACAUUAAAAACUAAACCUACUACACACCUUGUUUUAGAGGUUUCUUCGCCUGCUGCUGCUAGACGUAAUUCUUCAGCUGCUGUCUCUAUAAAAAGUUUUAACAGUGAUAUUCGCAUAAAAGAGAAUACUGCCGUUGACGAUUAUCUUAUGGGGCUCAUGAACAGAUCUGCCUCGAAUUCUUCUAAUGAACAACCGUCAAAUAAUUAUUUACCAGCAUUUGGAGGCACCAGAAACAUGUUUAAUGGUCAUAAGAGAAAAGCGUCGCAUAGUGAACAAGACAGUGAUUUAUAUUCAGAACUUUCAGAUAAAUCGAACACAUCAUCAGAUUCCAAUGAUUGUCUAAUUGCUAAUAAUGAGCUUUCAAAAGAUCGUUCAAAAUCUGAUUCCUCAAUGAAAGAAUAUUCUGGACAUCGACGUAAAUAUGGAAAUGAAGACCCAGGAUCUGCAUCUUGGACUAAACAUAGUAAACACUUUUUUAUAUUGAGUAGUGCAGGAAAACCUGUUUAUACACGAUAUGGAGAUGAAUCUCGCAUAUCGGGAUAUAUGGGAAUCAUACAAACUGUAAUUUCAUUUUUUAUUGAUGCUGGGGAUAAUAUAAGGUGUAUAAAUGCAGGACAACAUAAAUUUGUAUUUUUAUUGAAAGGACCAUUAUAUUUAGUUGCAGUUUCAAGGACUAAUGAAUCUGAAUUACAGCUUAGAGAACAAUUGAAUUAUUUAUAUAAUCAAAUAUUAAGCCAAUUAACUUCAAAACAAUUAACAAAAAUUUUUGAACAGAGAACAAACUUUGAUUUAAGAAAACUUCUUGGAGGAACUGAGCCUUUUUUUGACAAUCUUGCAACAUCUAUGAAUCAUGAACUUGGAUUUAUGUUAGGAUCAGUUCAAUGUGUUAGAAUGAGUAAAACAUUACGUGAUAAAAUUGGUAGCAUAAUGCAAUUUGCAAGAUCUAAAGAUCUUUUAUAUGCCAUGUUAAUAACAGAUAGUAAAUUAAUAACUUCGCUAGGACCUAGGAAGCAUAACUUGCACCCUUCAGAUAUUCAUUUGAUCUUUAACACUGUAAAUGGAUCAUCGUCAUUUAAAUCAUAUGAAUCAUGGGCACCAAUAUGUCUUCCGGGGUUUAACAGUAAAGGAUUCCUUUAUGUAUAUCUGUGUUAUAUAGCAGUGAAUACAUGUUUAGUAUUGAUAUCAACAGACAAAGAAAAAUUUUAUGAAUUAUCUGAAGCAAGAAAUGUGAUAUUUGAGAAAUUGGAAUCAACUGGUUCAUUAAAGGGAAUUGAGGAAGCUUUACAAAACGAUUCUUAUUCUAUUGAUGAUAUUGGUGUUCCAGGUUUACGACAUUUUAUAUAUAAGUCAACAAUUCAUGUACAGUUAUUUAAAUUGUAUCGUCAUGUACAUGAUCGUAUACAUUCUAAAUUUAGACCACUCAAAGUAUAUUAUUGUGUUAGUAAUUCUGAAACCAUACUAGGAUGGAUAACAUCAUCAUUUGAACUUUAUGCUUCAUUCAGGCCACACAUAUCAAAAACUGCUUUAACCACUUCAUCACAUGCAUUGCUGAAAUGGAUUAGAAAAGAAGAAGAAAAUUUAUUUAUAAUUAAUUAA